ACUGACAUGCUUUUAAAUAUUUUCACGAUAUUUACCUACACUAAUUUUUAUUUUAAGUGUUAAAGUGUGAUAUUAUAAUUAUGUCUUCGACAAGACAAAGUGAACUAUCCGAUUUGAAAUCAUAUAUAAAAGAUGUGGACAACGAAAUAACUUUGAUAUUACAAAGCUUACAGUGGAAUCGAAGCACUCUUAUUUCGGGAAAACCUUCCGUUGCUUGUGCAUUUGAUAUGACACACAAAGUACCACCUGAAAAUAAAGCAACACAUGAAGAGAAGUGCUGGCUGAAAAAACAGGGUUAUAAUGCUCAAGAUAAAAUGUUGCCUGACCCACUGGACCCAAAUGCUAAUACUGUAGUGAAACUGGGUCCUGAUGAUAUUAAACUCAUUAUAGAAACUGCUUCAAAUAAUAAUCCAAACUUCAAAAAAGGCAAUGGAUGGAGUGCCCCUGCUCCUCUCACUCUGGAGCGAGCCCAGACAACUUACACCAUGGAUGAGAGGCGUGCUAUCUAUGAUGCUGUUGUUGCAUCAGUGCCAGCCUGCCAUGAUCUCUCCGAUCUAGCACUGUUUGAUGUCAGUGCCGUAAAAUCGGAAGACAUAAAAAGAUCUCGUACAGAGAUUCUUGCGGAGUUACGUGAUAUGAAGCGACGUCGCACCAAGUAUCGGGUCGCAGCCAAAACGAAAAAUUACUCUGAUGUCCUCAGAGAUGUUAUUAGGACACAGAUGGAGAUGUUUACUGAUACACAAACAGGUGGGUAUAAUUCUGACGUGCAUUCAAAUGUACGUUCAGAAUCAACACGGAGAAAUGAUGACUGUUCCAACAUUCAAAUAAAACGGGAGAGAAGUACUUCAAUGGAAAGAGAUGACAAUGAUGGUAGAAAUGGAAAUAGAAGAAAAGAUUAUCCCGAAUAUAGAAAUGACUCCAGAGAUUCAAGAUCGUCUAAUAAGCAUCAUAAAAGAAAACGAAGUAAAAGCAGAGAUAUUUAUGAAUAUAGUAGACCUAGUUCUUCCAAUGACUGUGAUAGGAAAAAACGUGACAGGAAACAAAAAGAUGACCACAGAAAGGACAGAACAUCUAGAAGAGAAUGUGAUGAGAAAACAGAUAGAGAUAAACGCGGAGAAAGGCGGGAAAAUAGAAGUUAUGAUGAAAGCCAUAGAAGAGAUCAUACAAAGCAGGGUUAUAGUUAUAAAUAUGAGGAUAGACGAAAUGAUAAAUAUAACAGGAAAAAUGACGAAAGAGUUAGAAAAAGAGAUGACAGACGUGAGAAUGAUUCAGACAGAAGAGAUAAGGAAAGGACUAAUGAUUAUGUUAGAGAUAAAAGGCGCGAUACAUCAAAAUAUUCAAAACAUGAUGCUAAUUCAAGAGCAUAUCAUGAAGAUAAUAGAUAUUGGAAUUUUGAUGCUACUAAAAUAAAGCAAGAGGUUGAUGACAAUCAUGAUAAAUAUGACAGCCAGAGUGGUAAUGGCCUUGAGGACAGUAAUCCUCAAGAAAUUAAGAUAAAGCAAGAGAUUGAUGACUAUGAAUAUCAAUAA